AGCCCAACAUUUUUUGUUUUGAGGAUUCAAAAGAAAAGCGGCGCUUAUCAAAUGCAUAGUGAGCGUAUUUGGCUAAACCAACAAUCAAUGUGAACUGUACUCUCUCCUCUCUCUCGCACUCAUUCCGAUUCUCUACUUUGAUGGAAGUUCUCCAAAUCCAGUGGCAACCACUAGCUUCAGAAUCGAAUUUGAUGAUUCCGAUUUGUGCUAAAUUACGAGCAACACUUUGCUCAAGUUUUGGUAUAUUUAGAAGGAGUUUUUGCGUGUCGUCGUCGGCGUCGUCUUUAUGCCCAAAUUUAACAAGCAGUACUAGUGAAGAGCUAAUUGGCGUCCCAAGUUGCAGCAGAAAGAGUGUGUUGAGGAGUGACAGUGGAAGAGUACCAGUGAAGGCUAAUGGUCGUAAUAAGGUCUCUGAUGCUCUGCUGAAAGAAAACUGGUUGGAUUCUCUCACCUGCCCCUUCCCCGACCCUCAGGAGAAUAUUUCACUUUCCACUGACAAAACCCACCUUCGACCCACUAAUGAAUGGGUAAUUGGCAUCGACCCAGAUCUUUCUGGAGCCUUGGCGCUCUUGAAAUCCGAUGAUUCGGGCUAUAAUGUUCAGGUAUUUGAUUCUCCUCACUUGAAAGUAUUAGUUGGCAAAAGUAUCAAACGACGUUUAGAUGUGAAGUCUAUUGUUCAGUUGCUCCGGAGUUUUGAUGCUCCAAUUGGAACUACUGCAUAUAUAGAGCAGUCACUCCCAUUUCCACAGGAUGGUAAACAGGGAUGGUGGAGUGGAGGAUUUGGGUAUGGGCUAUGGAUUGGAAGCUUAGUUGCUUCAGGAUUUUCUGUUGUUCCCGUCCCAUCUUUUGUUUGGAAGAACAGUUUUAAACUCUCCGGAAAUGGCUCAAGUAAGGACGAUAGCAGGGAGAUGGCAGCAACUUUGUUUCCGUCUAUGAGUUCCUUACUGAGAAGGAAGAAAGAUCAUGGCCGAGCUGAGGCUUUACUAAUUGCUGCUUAUGGCAAAGGCCUGAAGCUUAGCUCUGAUUCGUCGUGCACAUCAGAAGAAAUUGAAGAAUCGAUACCUUAAAAUUGUGAAAUUGCAUGGAACUCAGAUAUUCAUCAUGCGCUUCACAAUAUACAUCCUGUAAUUUCACUUGUCAUUGGAAGUUGGUCUAUCUUAUGCAAAAAAGAAAAGGUGCGAAUGGGAUGACAAGAGGAAUCAAUGUUGAUGCAGUAAUUCAGAUUCAUGGAGAUUGGUGGUGUCAUUGAAUUGAAUCAUUCUUUGUGGGAUUUAGUUCCUACUAAGUACCUUAAAUGUAAUCUAGUCUCUAUGAUUUUUGCAAGAACAUGAUUUGUCUUAGUAAGUUGAUUUUCUUUUGAGGGAAGAAAAAAUAUAUUGCUCCCUUGACAGUUGACCUAUUUGUAUGUUUAAUUAGUUUAAUAGUAAUGAUAUUAAGAGACUA